AUACCACUUCUCUUAGCGUCUCAAAUACACGUGAUUAUAAUAGUCGAUUUUAAUAAUAAUUGUUUUGACUUAAAUAAAAUAUUAUGCAUAUGGCGUGAAAAUAAUGUAAAUUAAUUUUAUCAUUUAUUGUAUUAUUACAAAAGAACUAAAGGCGAAUUCUGAAAAUUAUCAACACCCUGUCGGCUCAUUCAGGAAAUAAAACACACACUGUCACUACCACUUCACACUCUUGUAACAUAAAUAGCUACUUUAUCUUUAGAUUAUAGGUGAUUUGUUAAAUAUAUUUUAAAAAUAAGCCUUCAAAUAAUAUACAUCCAAAAAUAUAUUGAAACGAUAAUAAGAUAGAAGACAGAUUUUUGAUAAAAUAUUUUACAGUAUUUUAUACAAGAAUGGAUAUUUUAAAAUCAUUCUUUAAUAAUGGCAUAGAUUCCAAAUAUGGCCUUGCGAUUUGUGUUAUUACUAGUUAUUGUUUCUAUAAAUUUGUAAUGCGUCGAAUACCGUGGAUUAACAAACCUGUGUCGAAAAACGAUUAUACGAUUGUUCCAUAUCCGGGAUUUACUAUUAAUGAAGAUUGUAAAUUAGUAUUAGUUGUAAGGAAUGAUUUAAAAAUGGGCAAAGGAAAGGUUGCUGCUCAAUGCGCACAUGCAGCUGUAGCAGCAUAUAAAAAUUGUAUAAAAUAUCCUCUCGUUCUAAGAGCUUGGGAAAAUUGCGGUCAAGUGAAAAUCGCUGUUAAGGUGAAUAGUGAGGAUGAACUAAAAGCAGUAGCAAAAGCAUCAAGAGAAGUUGGUUUAAUAACAAAUGUAAUACACGACGCGGGACUCACGCAAAUAGCACCAGGAAGUAAAACUGUAUGCGCGGUGGGCCCUGGGCCAGUGAAAUUUAUUGACUUAGUAACUGGGCAUUUAAAACUUUAUUAAAAUUCUCUUAUAAGGAAAAGAAAUAAAAUAAAAAAUAAAAGGAAGGUUCCUUUCAAUUAUUAAA